AUGUCCUCAGAUCACUUACACUACCAAGCCCAUAUUCACCCGUCUCAAAACGACCAAUCAGUCAACAUGCAGUUCACCACCGUCGCCGUCGCCUUCUUCGCCAGCCUCGUCGCUGCCCAGGACCUUUCCACCCUCCCCGACUGCGCGACAGACGACUCUUGGUGUUUCCAAGUUCGAACCAUGUGGCUAACGAGAAGAACCUAUGAUAUCCAGCGUCCCUGCUUCGUCGACAACUUCCCCAUCUCCGGCUGCACUGACCAGACCGACUUCGCCUGCAUCUGCGCUUCCUCCGCGUACAACAGCGCCGUGACCACCUGCGUCCUAGGUGCCUGCGAGCUUACCGACGCUCUUGCUGCCUCUUCCUGGGCUCAGGCCACCUGCGCCGCUGCUGGCGUCCCCAUCUAG